CCGCGAUGUUCUGUUUUCCAUCACUAUUUAGAUAGUCAGCUGAUUGUGUUAUUGUUUUUAAUAUAUUUUUAACCAUGCUACUGAAAUCCAAGAAAAAAACAGAACUUGACAUGUCUUGGCAAUAUGGAUUAAUUAAAGAUAUGAAAAAACCCGAAUGCUGGAUAAUAUCAUCGGAAUUCGGGGUAGUAAUGGCGGACAAGUACCCCAAGGCGAAGCAUCACUACCUGGUACUCCCAUUGGCCGACAUUCCCAGCAUCUUUUAUUUGGACCGGUGCCAUCUGCCGCUUUUGAAUGAGAUGUAUCUUCUGGCACGGAAGGUUGUGGAGGUGGCGGCGAAAGAAGUGCCCUGGGAGGACUUCCAGGUGGGAUUCCACGCAGAGCCCAGCUUGCAAAGGCUCCAUUUGCAUGUCAUCUCUAAGGACUUCGUAUCUCCACGCAUGAAGACCAAGAAACACUGGAACUGCCACAACACCGAACUUUUUGUGCCAUUUGACAAAUUCUGCGCUCAGCUGGAAAAGGACGAUUGCUUUUCACGACUGCCAAAAUCGUUAGUAGACAACCUACUGUCGAAGCCCCUGAUGUGUAACCAGUGCGACUUUGCCCCCGAUUCGCUUCUCGAUCUAAAGGCCCACCUAUAUUACCAUUGGCAUUAUAAGAAAAGGGAGCGCGAGCAACAAAAAGUACUUGAUAAGUUAGCUAAGAUAUCGAUAAAAAACACUCCGCCCAGUAAUAAUCAAGCGAAGAAGCCACAAGGUCGCGGACCAAGGCCUCAAGGAACCCCACAAAAUCCGCAUCAGAAGAUAGAUGGUAACGCAGCUGAAGCGAGCACGCAACAAAAUGGAUGUAGACCAAGAUGGAUACCAAAGAAUUCCCCACACACGAACCUACAAAGUACAAAACAAACAUUCCAUCAAAACUCUAGUCCUCAGCAGCCAAAUCAAAAUUCAAAAAAACAAAAUCAUUCAUAUUUCAUUAAAAAGAAUGGGCAGAAUCCUUAUCAACAACCUCCUCAGCAAACUAGUACAAAUAUUCAUCCCAAUAAAUUAAAACCGCCAAAGUGCAUGCAGUAUUAUAAACAGAAUGGCCAAAAUCGGCAAAUUACCAAACCUUUUAAUACACAGAAGAAACAGAAUAGUGUUGAACAAGAGCCGCCCGCACAGGAGACAAAUAUUAAUUCAAACCAUGUGAAUUGCCAAAACACAAAUCCUAAAAACUCUGAUCAUCAGGGCAUAAGUAAAACCAAGAAACCAGCUAAGAAAAAGAAUCAGCAGAAAUCUGCUAGCAAUCUGCUGAAUUUACCGGCUGAUGUUUCACCGCCACAUACCAUUUCCAAACCAUCUGAUACCUCCUAG